AAUCAGCUGCGGGCGGGGGGGCGGGUCAGAGUGGGGCAGAGGAGGAAGAUGGAGCGCGGCCCACGCACGACGGGACUCUCAUCCUGAAGGAGGAGGAAGAGGAGGUGCGCGUUCCUGUGGAUAUCCCACCUCAUGCACGCGGAUCAGACCUGUCUGGCUGAUCGGUUCGGCUGCGGUUCGGUUCCGGUUCUUCCUGCAGCAACAGCAGUGUGCGCGCGCUCAGCAGCGCACCUUUGUCAGCAGGUGAUGGAGGCGGCGCGCGGUCACGCGACGAGGACCUAAGCGGAGACGCGGAGGUCUGGCGGAACCGGACGGACCGGCGUUGGGAUCGGAGGAACCGGGCCCGGUUUGUCGCUUCUGUUGAGCCCCGGGCUCUGGACCUCAGAACCUGCCCAGAACAUCCAGGCUUGGACCGGAACACCUCCGGUUCAUCCCAGCAGGACCGAAGAGUCCGGCGGGUUCGGACCGGGACGUUGUGCUUUCAGCUCUGUCAGGCGGGCCCUGCGGACGGCAUGACGCGGCCGGAGGAGUCGGCCUUCAUCAGCCAGAGCGAGGCCACACGGCAGUGGGGACGCUCUUCCCGCAGCUGAGGCAGGAUCAGGAGGGUCAGAACCUUGGAUCGGAUCACUGUGGCUCAGAGGAUGUCAUGUAAACACGUGGAGUUCUGCCAGAACCUCCCCGUCAGAGUCUGAGCGGAGGUGAGUGGGCCGGACCACAGAGACUCUCUGGUGCCGCGGACACCGCCAUGCAGGCGCGUAAGAAGUAUGUUCUGCUGGGCCUCUGCGCGUGCUGCUGGCUGGUCCUCUUCUGCUGCAGCGGGGGGGUCCAGCUGCGGGUGCUGCGCCUGCUGACGCGCCACCGGGGCGAGGUCCUGCACCCCUGGCCCAACUGGACCGACCGGGCCUUCCUGCCCCGCUACGCCCAUCUGGACGAGCUGCAGACCGACCCGGGAACGGCCGAGUCGCCCCGACUGCGGCGGCAGGCCUGGUCCACCGUCUACCGGGACAGCCGCUGCCGCAUGGACACCUGCUUCGACUUCUCCCGGUGCCGGCGCCGAGGACGCGAAGGCUUCCGGGUCUACAUCUACCCGGCGGAGAAAGGCGACCGCGUGUCGGAGAGCUACAGGAAGAUCCUCACCUCCAUCUCCGAGUCGCGCUACUACACGUCAGACCCGCGGGAGGCGUGCCUCUUCGUGCUGGGCAUAGACACUCUGGACCGGGACCAGCUGUCGGGGCAGUUCGUCUCCAACAUGGACGAACGCAUCCGCAGUUACCCCUCGUGGAACGACGGGCGCAACCACCUGAUCUUCAACCUGUACUCGGGCACCUGGCCCAACUACACGGAGGACCUGGGCUUCAACGUGGGCCAGGCCAUUCUGGCCAAAGCCAGCCUGAACACCGAGUACUUCCGGCCCGGCUUUGACGUCUCCAUCCCGCUCUUCUCCAAGGACCACCCGCAGAAGGGCGGGGAGCGGGGCUGGCUGCUGAGGAACACCACGCCGCCGCGCAGGAAGUACCUGCUCAUGUUCAAGGGCAAGCGAUACCUGACGGGCAUCGGCUCAGACACCCGCAACGCUCUUCAUCACAUCCACAACGGCAAGGACAUCGUGUCCCUGACGACCUGCCGCCAUGGCAAGGACUGGGAGAAGCACAAGGACGCCCGCUGUGACCACGACAACCUGGAGUACGAGAGGUUCGAUUACCAGGAGCUGCUCCAUAACUCCACCUUCUGCCUGGUGCCCCGAGGUCGCCGCCUGGGCUCCUUCCGCUUCCUGGAGUCUCUGCAGGCGGCGUGCAUCCCGGUUCUGCUGAGUAACGGCUGGGAGCUGCCCUUCUCCGACGUGAUCCAGUGGAACCAGGCCGUCAUCGAGGGAGACGAGAGGCUGCUGCUGCAGGUGCCGUCCACAGUGCGAGCGGUACCAAACAGGCGGGUUCUGGAGCUGCGGCAGAGGACCCAGAUGUUGUGGGACGCCUACUUUUCCUCCGUGGACAAGAUUGUGUUGACCACGCUGGAGAUCAUUAAGGACCGGGUGUUCUCCCACGUCUGCAGGAACAGAUACAUGUGGAACUCGCUGCCAGGAGGCCUGCUGGUUCUGCCAGAGUACUCCACACACCUGGCGCACUUCCCCUUCUACUACCUGGGACUAGGGGUCAGUCCUGGUCCCGAGUUCACGGCGGUCAUCCACGCCGUCUCCCCAUUGGUCUCCCAGUCGCAGCCAAUCAUGAGGCUGCUGCAGGUGGUCUCCAGGUCCAAGUACUGCUCACAGAUCAUCAUUCUGUGGAACAGUGAGAAGCCCCCCCCCAGCCGCAGCAAGUGGCCCCCCAUGCCGGUGCCCCUCAUCGUGACAGACGGCAGGAGGAAGACCACCAGCCGCUUCCUGCCUCACGUUGCCAUAGAGACGGAGGCGGUGCUGAGCCUGGACGAGGACACGGCGCUGCUGACGAGCGAGGUGAACUUCGCCUUCCUGGCGUGGAGGAGCUUCCCGGAGCGCAUCGUGGGCUACCCUCCCAGGAGCCACUUCUGGGACCCGCUGAAGCACGCCUGGGGCUACACCUCCAAGUGGACCAACGAGUACUCCAUCGUCCUGACGGGCGCCGCCUUCUACCACAGGUACUACAACUACCUGUUCUCCCACUACCUGCCCCAGUCCCUGCGCACGCUGGUGGACCGCACCUCCAACUGCGAGGACAUCCUGAUGAACUUCCUGGUGUCCGCGGCGACACACCUGCCGCCCGUCAAGGUCGCUCAGAGGAAGCAGUACAAGGAGGUGCCGCCUCCUCAGGGCACGAAGAGCGCCCCCUGGGGGCACCCGGAGCACUUCACCCAGAGGCAGGAGUGCGUCAACACCUUCGCCAGCUGGUUCGGCUACAUGCCUCUGGUCCACUCGCAGCUCCGCCUCGACCCGGUUCUCUUCAAGGACCAAGUGUCCGUUCUCCGUAAGAAGUACAAAGACCUGGAGCGGGCGUAGCGGGGACCGGACCCACGGCGCCGCCUGGCGGGGGGAGGCCCGGGACGGGUCCACUCCUCGACACGGACAGGUUCUCCUGGUUCUGCAGGGAUCCGUCGGGGCGAGUCAUGUGAUCGUGUCUCACAGAGGAAGGACGUUCUCUGAUGGAGAACACGAAGAACUGGUUCUGUACACGCCACAGUAGAACUCUGCAGAACCGUCGAUAAUAAACUGAUUAUUUCACAGUUGUCAAACAAUAAAGUUCUGAUUCUGAUAGAACCGAUGAAGCGGCUUCUGAUUGGACCAGUGAUUUCUAAUAGAACCAAUAAACUGGUUCCUAAACUCCG